CCGCCGCCGCUUCUAAACUCCCUCUCUCCAUGCCGUCCCCCUUCAUCCCCAUGACCGCCGUGCAUAUAAUACCAAUCCCUUUCAUCACUGCUAUCCCCCCUCUUCAUGGCCCUGCUCCAACUUACGGUCCUACUCCUACUUCUACUUCUGCUGAAACUCUUGCUCAGACUCCUACUUCUCCUCCUGCUGAAACUCCUUCCCCUCCCGCCUCUAUACCUCCCAUCAUCUCCCUCGCGCCGGAUAUACACAUGUCGAACCCUCUCGCGAACAUACCUCCCCGUAUCCCGUGAUCUGCUCCUGCUUCUCCUUUUCCUCCUCGGAGAAGCCUCAUACUUCUUGAAUGAUAGCGACGUCCAUCGACCCUGUGAGGGACUGAACCCGUCCUCCCUCUCUAGAUCUUCGCCAUCGCGGUAGUGUCUCCGUCUCAAUGUAUGCUGUUGUCCUCUUCCUCGUCGUCGGGGUUCUGUCACCGUAUACGACCGUCUC